UUUACGGGAGGAGAACAUUGAUCAUGCUGUCAUCAUUACAGCCACAAGCAACAAACGGAGGAGUUUGGGCAGAGCUGUCUUUUUAGUGUCCUCCUUUACUUCGACAGGAUUUUUUUGUUUCACAGAGACCUUGUUAACAUAAAUGCAACUUUAUCACGGAUUGUUCGCUUGACGUCUUUCGAAGUUUUUUAACUUUUCUUGUAUCGGAGUGAGGCCUCGGUGCCAUGCCAGAGAAAUCUCACAGCUCAGCCCAUGACGUCCCAAUGGGUGAAGAAUCACCUCGGUUGUCCACCGCCUCUGUUGGCAGUAAUGACCGGGCCUCCACUGCUACGCUGUCUGAUUGUUCUGACUUCACAGAAGUCCAGAGGCCUGUAAGCGUGGUCUCCACCAUCUCAUCCGGGUCUGGUUCCUCUCGGGAAGACGUUCUCCUGUCAGGUAUCCCAUCUGCUGGUGUGCCUAUUGAGGACAACGUGGAACUGGAAUUAACGGCUGCUGCUGAUCCGGAUGAGACUCAGGGCACUAGUCUCACCCAAGCAACCACGCUUUUCCUCCAACAAAAUAGCAGCAGCACCGUUAACAACAACAACAGCAGCUCCUCCGUUUCCAACAGUUUCUCUCCAUUUGCUGCCAGCACCAUGGCACCCAACCCUGAGCUCACCUACCUGGACCGUGUGGUCAUGGAGAUCAUUGAGACGGAGCGGAUGUAUGUGAGAGAUCUGCGGAGUAUCGUAGAGGACUACCUUGCUCACAUUAUAGAUACAGGAGAUCUUCCCAUCAAGCCAGAACAGGUGUGUGCUCUGUUUGGAAACAUAGAGGACAUUUAUGAGUUUAACAGUGAGCUCCUUCAAUCACUGGACAUGUGUGACAAUGAUCCUGUGGCCAUUGCCAGAUGCUUUGUGAUCAAGCGUGAAUAUUUUGACAUCUACACACAAUAUUGCACCAACUACCCAAACUCUGUGGCUUCUCUAACAGACUGCAUGAGAAACAAAACUCUUGCCAAGUUCUUCAGGGAGAGGCAAGCUGCUUUAAAGCGAUCCCUGCCUCUGGGAUCUUACCUUCUCAAGCCUGUCCAGAGGAUCCUCAAAUAUCAUCUUUUACUACAGGAGAUUGCCAAGCACUUUGAUCCAGAGGAGGAGGGUUAUGAGGUGGUGGAGGAGGCCAUAUACACUAUGACUGGUGUUGCGUGGUAUAUAAACGACAUGAAGAGAAAACAUGAACAUGCAGUCCGUCUUCAGGAGGUCCAGUCUCUGCUCAUAAACUGGAAGGGACCUGAUCUGACUACAUAUGGAGAAUUGGUUCUCGAGGGCACCUUUCGUGUCCAUCGUGCCAAGAAUGAACGUACGCUCUUUCUCUUUGACCGCAUGCUCCUUAUUACCAAACGCAGAGGAGAACAUUACGUCUAUAAGACCCACAUCUCGUGCUCAACGCUCAUGUUGAUCGAGAGUGCCAAGGAUUCUCUGUGCUUCAGUGUCACUCAUUACAAGCAUCCCAAACAACCUCAUUCUGUCCAGGCCAGGACGGUGGAGGAAAAAAAAUUAUGGGCUCAUCAUAUUAAACGGCUCAUUCUAGAGAACCAUCAGGCUGUGAUACCACAAAAGGCGAAGGAAGCAAUCUUGGAGAUGGAUUCUAUUUACAAAAAGUAUAGGUACAGCCCUGAGAGGCUCAAAAAGUCUGUGUCAUGCCAGUCAGAGGAGUUUUCUAACUCUAGACAAGGCCGGAGACAGUCAGAACCAUCUAAAGAGAUCCUAAAGAACGCUGAAGUAAUACUAAAGGGCACCUUUAUACCCAAAAGGAAAUUCUUUUUCCAAAGAGAUAUUCUUUUUUUCUUGGUUUGGGUCAUGUCCUUAUAUCUCCUAAGAAGAAAUCUUUGUGACUUCAUGCCCCAGCAUUCUGACAGUGAGGGGGCAUUGGCCGCUGACAGGUGGCCUUUACAAGCCACUGCUAGCGUUAGCACUCUUGGCUUAUCCGAGUCUUCAGCUGAGAAGCCUGUUGCACAAGACGAAUACCCUCCUGAAGCCCUGAUUCCCAGUGAUAAUGAGGAACCCAUCCAUGCCUCGCCGUCUCUGAAGGUCAGAUUGAUGCCAGAGGAUGGGGAUGAAGCAGAAGUGGAGGGAAGUGACUCUGACGAUAUUCUAAUGGAGGACAACCAGGUAGCUGACUUUGCCAGUUCAAUGCUGGCUGCCAUUUCCUGCUGGCACUAUAGAGCCAGAGCUUUGCUUUCCAUGGACUUCACAACGGAGGAAGUGGGAUGUGAGGACACAGCGAACAAUUUUAAAGGAGAAAAUGGCCCAUCAGUUGAACAGGUGGAGGCAUAUCUCAAGGAUGAAAAAUAUAUCUCAGAACAGGACAAAUCUCAAAACCUGGAAAUGACCUCUUACUGGGGUUCCACUGAGAAAUUGAAGCCAGAUGUGUUUUGUGAUCCAGAGUCCCAAGAGAUGGACAAACAGGUCCCAGAUAUCCAGGAUCCGGAGUCUACAAGAGACAAAGAUUAUCAGAAAGGUUCUAAAGAAGAGGCCUCAUCUCUAUUACAGCAGGAAGACACACCUGGUGAUUCUUCAGAGGAAGAGGAGGAUGUAGAAGGGAAACCAGACUCCACUAGCAUCCUACCAUCAUCUGUGCUUGAUAAGGCCAGUGCCAUUGCUGAACACUUUGUGUGUAACGCGCGGCGUAGUAGCGUCAGCACAGAGGAAAUCCGCUCCCUUGGUUGCGUAUCUCCGUGUCUUCCCAGCAGGACCGGAAGCACUGUAAGUCUAGGAGAUGCCCAUGAGCGUCAACAUCGCCUUGCUAGCACCUGCUCUGAGUCACAAGGAGUUCCACUGACCCAGGAAGCCCUUGCAUCAGCAGACUUCAUGAUUGGCUCAUCAGGGGAGGACAGUCUUUUAGACUCGGAUCGAAGCAUCUACAGAAGAAGGGAUUCAGUGCUUUCCAGGCAAGACCAACUACUCAUUGACAAGAUUAGGAGCUACUAUGAGAAUGCAGAACACCAGGAUGCUACAUUUAGUCUAAAGCGUAGAGAGAGCCUCACUUACAUUCCAAGUGGGCUUGUUAGAAAUUCAGUUAGUCGUUUUAACAGCAUUCCUAAAGAUAAAGGCCUUGCCUUAGAGAAGACCACCAGUACAUCUGGACCUGUUACAGCUCAUAACUCACUCACAGAUUCGCUUUUGGUUACAUCAGCUCUGUCUGAGACCAAUGCAAAUCCAGCUACCCUGGAACAACCUGUUAUCGGCGCUUCCACAGAUUUCUCUAGGCAUGACAAUAACGGAGACCUGUUUGACGCUGAUGUAGAUGGUUCUAUUAAACCUCAGUCUAUAGAUGGGAGUCGUGAGGAAGAGGUUUUCCGUCCCUCCUCUGAGAUGAUCAAAGUCUGGCAAAAUAUGGAAAAAGAGGUCACUAGAUGUCAAGGGGACCUCAAAGCACUGAGGCCCAGAGAAAUUCCUUAUUUUAGAGGGACCAGUCCCAGCCUCUCCAGGAAAGAUCCAAACCAGAGAAGAAAGACCGAAAUGAAAGGCAGCGAUGGACUGAUUAUGUUUGAAGAUUCAGAUCUGAGCACUAUCAGAGAGGAGUCCUUUACACCAUUAGCUUUCAAGGAGAAGGAAAACCGUACAGCCAGUGAGAAUGAUGCCAUCAGACCCAGACAAUGGGAGGAUGAAGAUAGACCCCUUAGAGCUCUAGCCCCCCGUGUUAUCCAGCUGAGAGCAGAAACUGAAGAUGAGAAAGACACAGGAGCUCAGUCAGCAGAAGACGCAGAUUCAUCCCAAAACAAAGUUUUCCAUCUGGCAAGGAAAUACAGUCAACGCAUCAAGUGCACACAACCAGUGUUGAGACAGAGGAGUCAGGAGUCAGGAGAUACAUGGUUGGCCAAGAGGAACCUGCUUUCGGUGGUGGAAGAAAAGCCAGAGAAAGAGGCCAAAGUUAAAGCAGACUUGAUGCUCUCCAUGGCUCCAUAUGAUCAGCCUGAUUACGACGGAGACCAGAAGGCCCAGCUUAUGACUCCCAGCCCAGACCACACUUCUAAUUCUGUCAGCAGCCCAAAGGUCUUGUCCCCACACCUGUCCCAUUCCAGGAGUCCUCUUAGUCCACCUCCUGAGAGCUUCAACUGGCCAGACGUCCGGGAACUUCGCUCAAAAUAUGCACACCUUGGUAGCUCGUCUGCUCAGCCAACAAUAGGCCAAAGUCGUUCUGUGGAUGAAAGAAUGUUUGACGGCAGUUCUAGAAGACGUUCUAGCUGCUCUUCUAGCCGCUUAGUCACCUCUAAUGGCUCCACAGACUCUUCAGUAUACAAGUUUUAUCCAGGAAGGGAUACAGGAGAAUUGCUGACUCGGACCCAGCGUGCAGGUUCUCUGGACCAAAAAUUGGGUAAUUUGUACUUGAGUGAUCUGCAGAGUCUUCAGAGUAAAAAUGCCAGCAGUGGCUUCUAUAUCUCCGCUCAAGCUACCCUUCCAAAUGAGAAGAAUAUAAUUGUGGUUGAGAAAGUACCUGAGGUUACACCACCAGCAGAGGUGGACCAGUCAACACAAGAGUGCAAGAAACAGGAAAUAACAACAGAUGUAACCGAUGACAGCUACGUCCUAAUCCGUUCGCCAACAUCUCGUGAGAAGAUCUCAAUCAUGGCUGUCAUUGACCGCUGUCGGGCAUAUCAGGAGUCAGAGGAAUACCGUCUGAGGGAAGAUGGAGGAUCUAGGGCAGAACAGUUACCUAAGGUUGACGGGUGCAAAAAAACUGAGAAAGCUUCAUCCUAUAGUGAACACUUAGACAAUGCUGUUAAAAAUGCACUGGAUUCUGGGAAAAAGGCUGAUUCUAGUCAACACAGUGUUGUCAAGAAUCUCAGAGAAAAAUUCCAAAACAUAAGAUAAAAAUCACUUGUUUUAGUUUUAAGAUACAUCCAUUGUAUGUUUCAAAAGUUUUAGAAAAUUGUUGGCUGUGAAAUACUUGCUUCUUUAAUUUCUCUCUUCUUUUAUGUAUUCACCACUGAAGACAAAUAUGUACAGUAUGGUCAGCAUAUAUCAUGCUGUAGCCAAAUAAAUCAUCUUGGCAAAUUUAAACCUCAAAACUAAUAUUCUUUACAUUUUGCAUACUAUGUUAUGGUAUUUUGGACACUGUAUGAUCAUGUGGCCUGCUGAUAUUGAGAAACCUGUGGGUUUUAAUGGUCUAAAUGUCAGGGAGAAAGUGUAAAUAUUGUUGUACAGUUUUUGUUGUGCAUUCAUUCUUUCUGUUAUACCAUUAACAUAUUUGAUAUAGUAGAUAUACAUGUAUGUAUUUGGUAGUCAUUUUACAUAAAUGACAUUCUUGUUUAUACAUAAUUGAAAUACCUUAACCAAAAUGUAAAUAGUCAUAUUUCUUUAGCAAAAGAUAAUGUCUAGUCUAUACUACUAAACAAGCCCUGGCAGAGUUGCAUAAUUCGUCUAGACCUCUAAUUGUAACGGACCAUUUGAAAACAGGGUUUUAUUUUACUUUUAACUAAAAGACAUUUAAAAAAAUUUUUUUUAGUAAAUGUCAUGCAUGGAACAAACUUUUUUUUUUUUUGGACCUAAACCUAGUCUUUGACUAAUGGAUUUCGGCAUAGAUCCCUUUUGUCCAGGAGACUAGAUCCAAAUGUUUAAAAAGAUGAUGAUUUUAAUGAUUUUUUUUUUUAAGCCAAUGUUACCAAUGUUACUUAAGCUUAUUUUAAGAUUUGUUGUGAUCUUCACAACAAAUCAGAUUUUCGGGUUUUGGGGAAUGUCACAAUUACAAGACAAAUAUUAACCCUACAUGUUUUAGCAUCUGAAACUGCUGGUUUAGCAGUCCGUGAUAACAGAUCUCUCAUUGAUCACUGUGUCUGUCUCUGUUAUUUAUUAAGUUUCUAUACAUUUCCAUAUCUGUCUGACUUAUUACAAAUGCAUCAAUAAAUACUUGUGAAAGUGAAAAUUCACUCCAUAAUAAAACCAAAACCAAACCAAAAAUUCAUCUUGCAGACUUGCACAUAUAUUUUUUUAUGUCCCAUGUAAAUGAUUGUGGUCUUUAGGCCUCAAAAUCAAAGAGUUGUUUUAUCGUAAUUCAAAUCUUAUAUAUAGUCAAACCAACAACAUUUAUGACUCAUUUUAAUACCAUGUAUUUUCAUCCUCUUGUU